AAUUUCUUAGUUUCAUAUUUAAAGGGCCAUUUUUGUCAAUUUUGUCAUUCUAAUCCUUCAUUAAAUUUUAUUUCCAACCAAAAUUACGCCUAAAUUUGAACAAGCUGCUUAACUAAACCAGUGGCUUCACAGCAGGAGGAGGGAGACAAAGAUGGCGGGUCAAUUGAAAAACCCUAAGAAACAGUUUCAGCUAAACCCUAAUUGGGCCCAGCUCCGUCAACAAUUGAAGAGCAAUGGCUUCCAGAAGCAACUGUCAAUUCCUUCAGAAACAGAAAACCCUAAUUCCAUAUUAGGAAAGCGCAAAAGCAGGUCCAGUGAUGACUCUGGUGAUGCUCGGCCUAAUCCUCUUAUUCCAACUUCAUCAGAUUCAAGUGUUACAGAUGUGAUUGCGAUGGAUUGUGAAAUGGUUGGCGUAAGCUCUGUGGGGAACAGAAGUGCUCUUGGGCGAGUUACACUGGUCAACCAAUGGGGAAAUGUCAUAUAUGACGAAUAUGUUCGUCCAGUUGAACGUGUUGUUGACUUCCGCACCAAAAUCAGUGGCAUUAGACCUCAGCACUUAAAGAAAGCGAAAGAUUUCCGUGUCGUUCAGAAGGAGGUGGCAGAACUAAUAAAGGGACGGAUUCUUGUUGGCCAUGCUCUGCGAAAUGAUUUUAAGGCCUUGUUAUUAGGCCAUCAAAAGCAGGAUAUUCGUGACACUUCUGAAUAUAAACAUUUUCUAAGGGAAGGACGCAGUCGUGCACUACGGAACCUUGCUACUGAAGUCCUUGGAGUGGAGAUACAAAAUGGAGAGCACUGCCCGAUAGACGAUGCCCGUGCUUCUAUGAUGCUUUACCUAAAGCACAGAAAAGAAUGGGAAAAGAGCAUCAAGGACUUUGCAAGACUGAAGGAGAAACAGAAAAAGCGUAAACCAAAGAAAAAAAACAGGAGUUUGAGAAGACCUGCGUCUGAAUAAUGCUGAAAAUGCUUCCUAACGAGAUAACUCAAAUUCAUCUCAUUUCUCAUUACAUGCAUCAAAUUACUGUCUAAGGUGGAGCAGAGAGACAAAUGACUAUACAUGGUAGAUGAUUGUUGUGGAUGUGAGAUGCUCAAAGCAAGAAUUAUAAUUAGACCCUCUCUCUCUCACUCACUAUUAUGGUCUGCCAGAAGCGAGACAUGGAUCCACCCAAGAUUGGUUCUGUUAGUGAAAGGAGAAACAUAUCAUCUCUAUCGUGCUUUUUCACUGGAAAACUGCCAGUCUUUUGUACCAGAUUCAUUUAUCCUAAGCCUUCCUGUUGGUGCUUUUCUUAAAUUGUUCUCAUAUAGAAUUGAGCAGUUCUUUCAUAUUUGCCAAAUGGAACUUCAUCAGAAGUAAAAACUCAUACAAGGGCAAUUAGUAGAGUUACUAGAGUUGUGUUCACAAUUUUGGACUUUUUUGCUCACAACAUUCUCCAGGAGGCUUUUAUUUGAUUCUGAUUGAAGUUUUUGUUGCAGAAGAGCUUGUAUCAUGUGUAACAAAUAUUGGACUAUGUAGUUACUGUGAUGGUAGUUGAAAAGUGGUGAUAGUCUUA